AUGGCAAGUUCUACAACGAACAAUACUAAUAAUAUACCUAAAAGCAAAGUUCCUGGUUCUAUCACUCAAAAUGAUCGACUUCUUGAAUACGAUUCAAAGACAUUGAAUUUGAUCGAUGGAACAUCAACAACAAAUACUUCUCAUGAUUUAAUUCAUUCUCAACAAUUAAUUGCACGUAUGAACAAACUACGUAAAACUGAACAUCUUUGUGAUGUAACACUCAAAGUUGAACAAAUUCUCUUUCCUGCUCAUCGUCUUGUCUUAGCUGCUGCCAGUGAUUAUUUUGCUGCUAUGUUUACUGGAGAAAUGGUCGAACGUCAUAUGAAUAUUAUUGAAUUAAAAGGGUUUAGUGCUUCUGUAAUGGAAAUUCUUUUAAAUUCAAUCUAUGGUGAACCAGUUAUAGUAACAAAUGAUAAUGUUCAAGAUAUUCUUCCAGCUGCUUCUCUACUUCAAUUAAAUGGAACUGAUAUUCAACGACAAUGUGCUCUUUUUCUUGCUAGUCAUCUUGAACCAGCAAAUUGUUUGGGCAUUUAUUGUUUUGCUGAUUUACACAAUUGUUCACAAUUAAAACAAACUGCUCUAUCAUUUAUUUGGACACAUUUUGCAGCUGUAGUCCAUAGUGAGGAAUUUUUAACAUUAAAAGCAAAUGAAGUUGAAGAUCUUAUACAAUCUGAUGAAAUUGAAGUACCCAAUGAAGAAAUAAUCUAUAAUAGUGUUAUGGCUUGGAUAAAACAUGAUCAAACAUUUCGUCAACAAUAUUUAUUAACACUUCUUCAACAUGUUCGAUUACCAUUUCUUAGUGCUCGUUUUAUUACUGAUAUUUGUGAUAAUGAACUAUUGAUAAGAUCAUCACAUAAAUGUCGUGAUUUACUUGAUGAAGCAAAACGAUAUCAUUUAAGACCAGAUUGUCGAAAAUUAAUGACAGGAACACGAUUUACUAGUCGACGUGGAAAAGAUGAACAUCUUAUCGUAGCUGGAGGUUUUGGUGCUCAUCAACGACCUGUAGACAUUGUUGAACGAUGGAAUCCACGUACAAAUGAAUGGACUGCUUUACAGCCAUUAACGAAACGACGUCGAUAUGCAGCAGCAGCAGCUAUUGGUAAACGUCUUUAUGUUGUAGGUGGCUAUGAUGGACGACAACGUAUGAAUUCUGUUGAAUGUCUUGAUUUAUUACAAGAAAAUGCUACUUGGCAACCAGUCGCUUCACUGACGUAUCGACGAGCACUACCUGGUGUUUGUGUUCAUCAAAAUUUAAUAUAUGUAUGUGGUGGAUUUGAUGGAUCAUCUCGUUUAGCAUCAACAGAAUGUUAUGAUGAAAAAACUGAUGUAUGGACUAUUGGUGAAGAUAUGCAUGUAGGCAGAGAAGGAGCAGGUCUUGUAUCUAUUGGUGAUCAUCUCUAUUGUAUUGGUGGAUAUGAUGGUCUUACUUUGUUACAAACAGUUGAAAAAUAUGAUAUUAAUUUGGGUCGAUGGUCACAAAUGGCACCAAUGUUGACUCCACGUUCAGGUGCUGGUUGUGCAACAGUUAAUCAUUAUAUAUUUGCUUGUGGUGGAUUUGAUGGAACAAUUCAUUUAUCAAGUGUAGAACGAUAUGAUAGUCAAAUAAAUCAAUGGACAAAUGUGACAAGUAUGUCUGUUCGACGAUGUUAUUGUGGUUCGGCAUUUAUUCGUGGUCGGAUAGCUGUUAUUGGUGGUUAUGAUGGGACAUCUUUACUUGAUACAGUUGAAGUUUAUGACAGUGACAAAGAUGAAUGGAUGAUUGAAAGUCAAAUGUUAACACCUAGAUGUGAUUCGGGUUUUGCUUGUGUCGCUUAUCGACAAUAA